UGUCUUUCCCCCUUCCUUCGAGAUAUAAAGCAAAAGCCAGUGUCAUCGCGCGCAACUGUAGUUGAAGUUUGCAAGCUGCAAAACAACUCACGUACCGAGCAAAAAUGGAUCUCCUCACUGUACUGCCGGCCAACUUUGGAUAUGUCAUAGUCACCUAUCUUUACAGUUGGGUUGUGCUGAUGUAUUUGUCGGUGAAGGUUGUGCGUGCCAGAAAGAAAUUCAACGUCGAGUAUCCCACUAUGUACAGUGACAAGGAUCAGGUUUUCAACUGCAUUCAGAGAGCACACCAGAACACCCUAGAGGUUUACCCUCAGUGGAUUCUCUUCCAGACCAUUGCAGCACUCGUCUAUCCGCUGUCAGCGUCUGUGCUGGGGGCCAUUUGGGUGACCAGCAGGUUGUCCUAUGCCUGGGGUUACUACACAGGAGAUCCUGCCAAGAGGAUGAAUGGUGCCUAUGGCUACAUUGGAUUUUUUGGAGUCAUCAUUCUGUCCAUUUCUGUAGCCUUGCAGUUGCUUGGAGUCUUCUAGGGUGUUUGUGUUCACCCAUCCGACUCAUUUCUAAUGACGUUUGCAUGAAGUUUUCAUGCAAGCUGUUAGCAGUAGUUAUGUUUUUUUUAAUGCUACUGUUGCUAUAAUGACCCUAAACACCAUUUAUGAACUACUAACUUUGUGCAUUUGAUACAUUUUACAUUGGUGUCUUUGUUUUCAAUGUCCACUACAUGCAGUCAUCAACAAUAAAUUGAAUGAUAACCGA